AUGAUGCGAAUUCUCGAAUCACAGGCUCCUGCACGGCAGACCGCCACCGAUACGAUCCAGACGCUGAGUAGUCGUCUCUCAAGUGCCACCUUACUAGAAGAUCGCCGGGCGGCCAUUCUCGGUCUACGAAGUUUUGCGAAAACAUAUCCUGCCUCGGUUGCGUCCGGAGCCCUUCGAGACCUCAUUGCUGCCCUACGCCGAGAUGGAGAAGACUCGGAUACAAUUAAGGUGGUCUUGGAGACCAUCCUGAUGCUGUUUGAACCAGAUGAAAAAUCACCGGAGGCAUCAGACGAAAUUACGUUGUGGUUGGCGGAUGAGUUCACGCAGCGGCAGGACAACAUCACCGCGCUGCUGGACUUGCUCGAAUCCGGUGAAUUCUACCUACGGCUGUAUGGGCUUCAAAUCCUUUCACACAUUUCGACAUUAAGAGCUCAACGAACACAAGAAGCUGUAUUUGCCGCUCCUCUAGGCGUUUCACGGAUCACAGCUGUCUUGGAUGACAAACGCGAAGCAGUGCGGAACGAGGCGUUAGUCCUUCUGGUUGCCCUGACACCAACCUCUACCGAACUGCAGAAGGUAGUCGCUUUCGAAAAUGCGUUUGACAGGAACUUUGCGUUGGUGGAAGGCGAUGGAGGCUUGACGGAGGGCUCUACCAUUGUUCAGGACUGCUUGUCCUUGUUCGCAAAUCUUCUACGCCUGAACACGUCAAAUCAGUCGUAUUUCCGUGAAAUUGGCGGCAUCGUGAAGAUCAGGAAGCUACUUCUCGCCGCUGUGGAGCAAGAGGAUGGCGUAGAUGGAGUAUCAGAAUGGAUGAAGCCUCAACGCGAUAUGAACGUCUGGGGUUUACUUGGAGUAAUCCAGCUUUUUCUCGCAGUAGGAGCUCAAGGUACUAUGGUCAACCAGCAAGCCUUCUGGCAAACGGGGGUUCUCCAGAUUGUGCUAUGUAUAGCGUUCCAUCCAGGGUUCAACUCCAAUGUGCGAGCUAAGUCUCUUCAAACCUGUGGAGAUAUCAUACGUGGGAAUCAAGGCCUCCAAGAACGUUUCGGUGACCUUCCAGUGCAGCUCAAACAGCCAGACAAACCUACGACGAAUGGCCAUCAAUCCCCAGCCCCACAUGAGAAACAAGCUAAAUCAAGGAAAUCAAACUAUCGAGAACAAAAUGUUAUCGAGUCGCUUCUCGAGCUGGCUUUGGAGCCAGCACCACUUGCUUUAUUUGACGUUCGGCUUGCUGCUUUAUCUUGUAUGCAAGCAUUCGUGGAGGGCCAUGCAGGGAUUCGAGCUCAUGUCCUUCGAAGAGCUAUUGAGGGACACAAAAGUGGUGACGAUGCCAUUCCGAAUAUGCUUACCGUCCUUCUGGAAUCGCCUUCAACCCGCAGCAAUGCAGACCCCUACCAGCAAUGGAUGGCUGCUGUGAUUUUGCUGCAUUUAGUCUACGAUAACGCCGACACCAAGGAACUCGCUUUGAAGGUGACGGAAGGCGACGCAGACAACGGAGAGGAGGUUGUGACGUUCAUUCAAAGCAUAACCAGUAAUGUGAUUGCUGGUGUUCAGCAUGUUGAGGAUGAGCGGGCCCUGCUUGGGUAUCUCAUGCUCCUCUCUGUGUGGCUUUUUGAAGACCCAGAAGCUGUCAACGACCUUCUUGGUGAGGGAAGCAACGUUCAGGGCCUAGUUGCUGCAGUCAAGAUUGCAAACAUCUCGAUGCCGCUGGUAGCAGGUCUCGCUGCAUUUUUACUUGGCAUCAUUUAUGAGUUUUCAACGAAAGAUUCUCCUGUCUCCCGAACCACACUUCAUUCAAUUUUGACGACUAAUAUGGGCCGCGAAACCUACGUUGACCGACUGACUAAGUUGCGGGAAAAUCCCUUCGUUCGGGAUUAUGAGGUUCUGCUGCAGGGAGGCGGUGGAGGUCUUCCCGAGGUCUUUUUUGACAAAACAUUUAUCGACUUUCUGAAGGACAACUUCAGUAGGUUUCUUCGUGCCAUUGAUCGCGACCCAAAGUUCGAAGUGUCCAUUGUGAGCAACGGAGUGCAAAAAGGCGUAUCUCGGGACUUGGUUGACAAUCUUCGGGCGCAAGUGGAGGAGCAAAGGCAAUCCUUGGAAGCAUCGAGCACAGAAUUGCUUCAAAUCAAGAGGAGACUCGAACAAGAAGAGUUGGACCACCGCCGGACCCGAGAAUCCACGACGGUAGAACUUUCUCGCAUCAAGCAAAUCAAUCAGAGUCUUCAUGAAAACCACGAGGAUGAAAUCACCAGGUUGCAGCAAGGAUUCGGGAGGGAUAGGGAUUCACUGCUUAAAAGUCACGAGGAUGAACUCCACCGGCGUCGGAACGAGCAUCUCAGCACGUUCGAAAACGCUAAGAAGCAGCACAAUGCUGAAAUUCAACAGCUCGAGCAGCGUCUCAAACUCCUCGAGCAAGAGGCGGCGCGAGAUCGAGCAGCCUUAAUACAGCAGCAUAAACAAGAGCUUGAAGAAGUGGAGCACAAGUCUUCAAAUGCCCGCAAGAGGGAAGCUGAUGAAAUUGCGGAUCUCAAACGCACGAUCCUUGGACUGGAGACGAACCUGAAAAAGGCAGAAAGAGAUCAUAUUCAAGACCUUGAGACCGCGCACGAAGAUUACAAAGGCAAGAUAGAUGCUCUAGAAGCACGACUGAAACGAGCAGAGAGUCGUGCGGGCGAUGCAGAAAGUGAAGCCAAGCGCUUGCAAGAAUAUCUCGAGAAGGAGAAGUCGGGACGAAAAGACGUACAGACCGAGCUUGAAGAUCUCCUGGUCGUUUUCGGAGACCUAGAGGCGAAAAGGUCUACCGACAAAUCGCGAUUGAAGGAGCUUGGUGAAGAGGUGUCCGAAGACGACGGAGAUGGAGAUGAAGGGGAUGAGGAUGCAGAAGAAGAUGACGAGGAUGACGAGGAUGUUGACUAA